AAUAAGCAGUAAUGAGGCAUUGGUGUUUGUAAACAAAGCGAUGUUGUUAUUAACAGUGCUUAGCUGCUUUAGGACGACGCCCAGCGCGUGCAGCGAGGAGGAAUGUCCCGGCACGCCGAAAGCGCCAAAAGACGAACCAUUUGACGAGCCCGGUCCUUCUCCCUCGGCAUUGCUUGAGCUAUCAUCCAGCGCCAGGACAGCCCCCCCCGAGGAUGGUGACAAAUGCGUGCUACCAGGGCCUACACGCAGUAACGAUUUAAGUGAUCAUGGGGUGGAGCUUCCGGCGCCCGAGCAGAGCAUACCGUUCGACUCCUUUGUCUUUUACAAGGUGCCAUCAGCGUUUACCGUCUUCACCCUGCAAGGGAGGAUUCUCCAUCAGAAUCCCGCCUCGAAGCUGUAUUUCGGUGACCACACGAGCAGCCAUGCGGGGCAUCCGGCGAACGACGACGCCAGCAUGCUUAUUCGAAUGUUUUGUCUGGAGCCCGAUAAACUCGAAAGCAUGCAGCUGGAGGUGUUGCGUGAAAAUGGCGGUCAUUGGAAAGGUAUCAUCCGCGUCCCAGCCAGCCUUGCGUCCCCACAUUUCCACACCACCACCGAAUCCACCAACCAAAACAACAAUGCCAUCUCGGCCGCGAUCCCCCCAAACCCCACCGGGAACCCCCCCACCACCUCCCAGGCCGUUCUAGACACGGUGCUUGAGCUCCUUCACACCACCAGCGACCAGCAGCAGCGGCGCAAGAAGGCGAGCGCAGGGCUUUCGAAGGCCGCGCAGGGGCAGCAGCUAGCGUCCGGCAUACAACAACAGCAGAAGCAGAAGCAGCAACUCCUAGAUGAGCGCUGCAACAGGGCUGGUGAGGCCGCCGCCGCCGCCGCCGGCUCAACAGCAGC